UUAUUUAGGGGGAAGAAAGAAAGAAACAAAGUUGUCGACUGAGCAAUGCACACGGGGAGGGAUUUUAUUUAUCUCAAACAAGUCGUUUAGUCCAGCUCCGGUACUCUGGGAUGUAACUGUAACCGGUUUCCUUCAUUUCCUUCUCUCUCCGCAAACUUCUCCGCUACUCUUUCCACGGGAUUUCUGCUCUGAAAACGGGAAUGAUAAAAGCAGCCGGAUGGACGGACGGACUGAGGGGUCUUUAUAGCGAGAGCCGUAUGUGUGUUUCCUGUUGCCUGAGUUUAAGUUAAACAUAGUAUUUACCAUUUUUUUUACCGAGCACACUUUGCCCUGAAAUGAAUGGCAGAAGUGGACUUUCUGUGCACAAACGGAUUUAUUUUUCCUGUCUACACCGGAGCCACAUGAAGUGUGCAUCCCGCUGAACCUCUGCGCUUUGUGUUUGAAAAAAGAAAAGAAAAUUCAACAGAGACACCCCCUCACCGCACUGGAGAUAUCAGAGCGACUUUCCUGAAGGUUAUUUCCCACAGUUUGACUAAAAGAGAAGAUGCAGAUGUGGAGCCACAUGAGGGUCCACAAAGGAGGCCCUCCGCGACCAUAGGUCACACCGAAGUGUCCUGGAUACAGGUGAAAAAACGACAAGGCUCCAUCAUGGACAGGCCGAUCAGCAAGUUACUGGAGAAGUUAAAGCUUACAGACUCGGGCAGUGUGAAAUUCAACAGUUCAAAGAAAAAACAUGACUCUGCCAACAACUCUAAUAACAGCAACGCUAACACUGGCAGCUCUGGAGGCGGUGGGGGGGGCCCCGGUCUGCCACCGGCUCCCAUCUCUGCCUCGCCCUCCAGACCCGGCCAGUUCUCGCUUGCCUCUGCAACCACAAGCGACGCAUGUGUUCCUGCAAGUGGGAGAGGAGGAGGGGGGGGAGGAGGAGGGAUGGGUAUGCCUCCCUCUCAGCUCCUCUCCCCACCGCCUACUUCCUCCUCCAUACCUCAAGAUGGCGAGCAGCACCCCUCCACCCUGGCUCCACUGAGGCGCCGCUCCCCCCAGCAGAGAGCGUCCUGCUACCUGGGCGAAGGCGCGGACCUCCACAUGAGGAGGGAGUCCGGCCUGGGCCCCGAGUGUGACAUCUUGGGGGCGUACGGCUCCAAGACGUCCCUCAACCAGCGGCGCUACUCCCUGGAGCUCCAGCAGCUGGUCAGGCGGCGGCUGGGAGAGGAGCGGCUUUUCUCCGCCCCCCCGCCGUACCCUGCCUCCAUGGGCUAUGGUUCGGCUCCCAGAGGUGGCCUGGCAGAACCGGGCUACCUCUCCGAGCCCGAGAGACACAAACGCCUCUCUCUCCAGGAGGCUCUGUUCUACAAACGCCUGAGCACGGGCAGCGAGCUGUGGGAGAACCCGAGGCCUGCGUCCCUCUCUAACCCCCCGCACCGCUCCUCUGAUGUUCCUGGAGGUGUGGGAGGGGGGUUCUUCUACCCUCCGGGACCCACCCUGAGCCCAUGCUCUUCAUUCAGCCUGCAGGAGUCGUUGCUGGUCAGCCCCCGGUCCAGCUUCGCCUCCAGCACGGCCAGCGGCGGGGGUGGGGGGAGCCCAAUGGGGAGUCGCUGCAGCAGCAACCGGACCAGCGGCAUCAGUCUUGGCUACGACUCUCGCUACUCGGCCUCUGGAGGAUUCCCCCUGCAGCAGCAGUCCCCCUCCAUGCAGCCCGGGGGUCCUGCGUCGGGGUACGGUCCAGGGCGGUCCGGGGUGACCCCUGUGGAGGCCUGGACCCAGUACCUGGAGGGGGGGAUGCGUCCGGGGGCGUACGACAGCCGGCACUCCUACCCCCCGGCUGUUGGGAGUCCCGGUGCGGCGUGCUUCCAGGCGGGCCCCGAGUGGUGGGUCGAGCAGCAGGCGGAGGUGAGGGGCAAAGAGGGAGACAGGGCCCGGUACUCAGACCUGCCCGGGACGCGGUACCAGGAAGAGCUCACCAGACUUCUGCUGAGAGACAACGCUCUGGCGGGCGGGGGGCUCAUGGAGGGCCUGGCUCUUUCCAAACCCAGCUCCACGGUGGGGCCCUGCUCAGCCGGGGGGCCCCUCAAACCUCAGGAGGAGCCAGGUGGUGCUGGGAGGGAGGGCGUGGAGAGCCGGCAGGAGUUCUUUGGUGAGAUGCUUUCUUUUAAUAUUCAGGGUUCACUUCGAAAAGGGAGAAAUUAG